AUGAAGGGGUCAGUGGCAUCCGAUACGGCAUAUUUCAUCGAGCAGCUCAAGCUGUUUAUCAAGUAUCCAGAAGUCCUGAGCAAUGACGAGUCGCACCGUUCGGAAAUUCAACGCCUCACUCGCUUGGUAUCAGUGGCCUUGGAGACGCCACAAGAGUCCAUGCAACGCAUCAUGUUCACUUAUCUCCCCCUCGUCACGGCGCGCCUCAGCAAUGAAUUCGGCCUUUUGGCCACCUUGACCAUGGGCGAUGACGCCAACCCUGUGGCGCUUUCUGACCUUAUAAAGACCAGCGGCUUGGACAAGAGCCUCGUCAGCGCCAUCAUGGACUACCACUGCUACCACGGUUCCGCAAUUGAGCCUCGGCAGGGGUUCUAUGCGCCCACAAAGCUCACUCACAACCUGCUCGACCCCAAGGUUGUCACAACCCUCACCUGCUGGCACGACAUUGUCGGCCCUGCUUAUGGCUCACUUCAUCGGGUCCUGACUAGCGGUCCUAACGGUCCUGACGGAAGCGGGAAGAAGACGGCCUUCCAAGUCACCCACAACACCACGCAGAGCUUUUACGACUGGCUUGAAUCAAACCCCGAGCGGCACGCGAGCUUUUACGGGUACAUGGCGGCGGUUCAUGCUGUCACAAAAAAAUGGGUCGACGUGGUACAGUUUGACGAGGAAAUCGCACACAACGCGCACGAGAACGAGGUAGUUUUUGUCGACAUCGGCGGCGGCGAUGGCUCGCAGUCCAUCGAGGUGCAAAAGGUUCACAACCUCGGCGGCAAGAUCGUCAUGCAGGAUCGCGCUGCCGUCGUUGAAAAAGCGCAAAAGGCCCGCGAGGCCGGCGUGGAGACCAUGGUGUACGACUUUUUCACUGAGCAGCCCGUCAAAGGGGCGCGGGCUUACUUCAUCCAAUUUGUCCUUCUCAACUGGGUCGACGACGACUGCGUGCGCAUCCUGGCAUCCCAGGCCCCAGCAAUGGGCCCUGACAGCGUGCUAAUGAUCGUUGACUAUGUGCAAGGGCACAGGUGGGAGACCAAGGGCAAGAUCCCAGAGCCGGACCUAUGGACUCCCGCGGCUGCCCUGGCAGCGCGUGCCUGCCACGAGGCCCAAAGCCGAUCUAGCGCUGAUUAUCGCCAUUUGCUGGAGCGUGCUGGCUUGGAGAUGACGGAAGUCCGAGUGUUCACCAACUUUGGUCAGGCAGUUAUCAUGGCCAAGAAGCCCAAGCCAGCUGUAGAUGGCUCUUGA